UUUGGACCUAACUCUCUGGGGGACAAGAGAUCCCCGCGACUCGCGAUCUCAGAGAGCGGUAGCGCGAGAUCGGGGCAGUGGAGUGGUGCUGGUGCUGAUGGCGGUGGUGGUGGUGCUGCUGCUGGUUCGGUGGAUCGUUCAGUGAGUCCCCAAGCGUUGUCGCGUCCACUUUAUCGCUGUUUCUGUCGCGGAUUCGAACCACUGACUAACGGUAGUGCUGCACGCACCUGGCGGCAAAUUGGCAGCGAGAAGCCCGCGCUAAUAAUACAUUCUGAAAGCCGUCGAAAGGAUUGCGAGUCCAUAUCAAGCAUACGCCCGAUCAGCCGCCAAUCGAUUAUCUUCUCCGAUAGCAGAGCAGAGAGAACGACAAGAUGCAUGUGCCAUUAUAAGGAUAAAGGGAAGGACAUAUUUGGAGCAGUAUCAUAGCAGCUAAGCAGGUCCUCGUUAUAUAUGGAAGCCCACAACUGAUAUUAUUAUACUAGACUACAGUGAACUUGAGAGUCAACUCUUUACCCACAUACCUAGAAUACCCGCUCGCCCCGCACAGAAGUAACCUGCAAUGGGUAAGGACUACUACAAAAUCCUGGGGCUGCCCAAAACUGCCACCGACGAUGAGAUCAAAAAGGCCUACAGGAAACUGGCCCUGCGCUAUCAUCCGGACAAAAACAAAGCCGCCAACGCGGAGGACAAGUUCAAGGAGGUCGCCGAGGCCUACGAGGUCCUUUCGGACAAGAGCAAGCGGGAGGUGUACGACAAAUACGGCGAGGAUGGUCUCAAGAGCGGAGGCACACGGAACGGCGGUCCGUCGACCAACUCGUUUACAUAUCAGUUCCACGGCGAUCCGCGGGCCACCUUCGCCCAGUUCUUCGGCAACAGCAAUCCGUUCGCCUCGUUCUUCGACAUGAGCGACAACCUGUUCGACAAGAAGGUCUUCGAUCUGGACACGGAACCCGACUUCUUCUCCUCGCCCUUCGGCGGCAUUGGGUCGCGACAUGGUCUGGGCAGUGGCUUCAGGCCCUCUUUCAGAUCACACUCCUUCAAUGUGCACACGCCGUUCAAGAAGGAGCAGAAGCAAGACCCGCCCGUCGAACACGAUCUCUACGUGACGCUGGAGGAGAUCUACCACGGCUGUGUUAAGAAAAUGAAAAUCUCCCGGCGCAUCGUCCAGGCGGACGGCAGUUCCCGCAAGGAGGAGAAGUUCCUGGCGAUAUCCAUCAAGCCCGGCUGGAAGUCCGGCACCAAGGUCACCUUCCAGAAGGAGGGCGACCAGGCGCCCGGCAAAAUCCCCGCCGACAUUGUGUUCAUCAUCCGGGACAAGCCGCACGCCAUGUUCAAGCGCGAGGGCAGCGAUCUGCGCUACACGGCGAGACUGACGCUCAAGCAGGCUCUGUGCGGCGUUGUCUUCCAAGUUCCUACCAUGUCCGGCGACAAGUUGCGCAUCAGCACCAUGCAGGAGAUCAUCAAGCCGAACACGGUGAAGCGCAUCCAGGGAUACGGGCUGCCGUUCCCCAAGGACACGACGCGCAAGGGCGACCUCCUGGUGGCCUUCGACAUCCAGUUCCCGGAGAAGCUGACCGCCGCCCAGAAGGAGGUGCUCAGGGACAUGUUAUGAGGAGGGAUCAGUGGCCUGGUCACUGGCUGACGACUCCGACGCACCCGCAGUCCCUGGCUGCAUCCAGGGACUUAGUCAUCCAUUCAAACGCACUAAAACCAAACCGAUCCAUUCAUUUCGUAACAACCCAUCGAGAUCUUGCUCCCAUUUUGCUUGUUUUUGUGUUCAGUGAAACAUUUGCGCAUUUUUUACAGGAACUCCCUCUUAACAAUCGGUUGUGCUCAUCUGCGCCGCGAACAUGUUGCAUAAUAUGUAUGUUGACCAUAGUUAUUAUAUCAUUAAUUCUUAAUUUAUUUGUCUAAAUUAAAGCUAAAUUUAAUAAAAUGACACACAAACACGUGGAAGAAAAAACAAGCGAAA